AUGGACGUGUUUCAUGCCAUAAAUGCGGGUGGAAGACAGCACCUGGCCAUGGUGCCAUCCCUGGAUGGGCAGUCACCAGCAGGGGCCUGCUUGUUGGACAAGCGCGGCAGCCGGGCUUCCAUGCACUCCCAUACCGUGCAGUGGCCCUUGGUGCGGUUCGAGAUGUCCAGCUGGAAUGCCGAGUGGCAACGGGCCUUGGAGUGCCACCGAUUUCUCCAUGUGUUGGAGCCGAACGGCUCUUACAACAUCUACUACCCCUCGAAGACGCGCGUGCCCGAGGAGGUGUUUGACGUUUGGGCCUCCUGGGCCGGUUUUCCCGAGUUCAUCCACGUCGACAAGGACGGGGCUUUUGAAGGUUUCUUUGCAGAGCGCACGCAGGCAAUGGGUGUGGACAUGGAUGCCAUACCAGCUGAAGCUCAUUGGCAAGCCGGGUCCAUCGAGGCCUACAACCGGGCAUUCCGCUAUGCGGCGGAGAAGCUCGUAGAUGAAAAACAGCUGUCCGGUGACCUCGAGAUGAAGAUCUUGGCAGCUUCAGUGAGCGCGAGCAUGAACGAGAAGAUACGAACGUGUGGUUGUAGUCCUAGCGAGUGGCUGUUUGGACGGCACCCUCGGAACCCGUGGGACCUCCUCAGCGUCGACGGCAAGAUCGAGCCCUGCAGAGCCUUGACAUCGAAGCCGAGCUCCGCCGACGACAACAGAUCCGCCCUCUUCUUUUACUACAAGGCCGGGAAGCUGAUCCUGCUGCUGGGCACCCACGUCGAUGACCUUUUGGGCGCUGGAGCACCGGGACUGGCCGACGAAGUCCUACAGAGGGUGAAAGACGCCUUUGACUUCGGCGCCUGGGCGGACAGUCGAGAGGGCGAAAGCCUCGAGUACGGAGGCAAGCAGAUCCGCAAGGAGCAGGUGCAGAACCUCGUGGAGCUCAACCGCAUCCUCAAGGAGGCAAAGGCUUCGCAGGACUGGUGCCUGCGCUUUGUGCCCGUGGACCUGGGCAUCGUGACCUACACAGAUGCUUCGUGGGCCAACGGGCCCGACCUGAAGUCGCAAGCAGGCACCUCACCUUCAUCACUACUCGACUGGAGGUCGCACCGGAUCCAGAGGCAGUGUCGUAGCACACUGGCCGCCGAGACAAUGGCGAUGGACUGUGGCUUUGACAGCGGCGUCUUCGUACGAGAGCUACUAGCAGAAGCCCUCAUCCAGAGCUACGUGCCCACGCAGAGCGGCCGACUUCCUGAACAGCUGCUACCGGUUCACCCAGUGACCGACUGCCGUAGCUUGUACGACUUAGUCACCAAAGAUGGUCCUGUACAUUCGACACAGGAGAAACGUCUUACUAUAGACGUCGAGGCCAUCAAGCAGAGUGCGGCUGAAUUUGAUCCAGCGCAGGAGAGUCUUCACGAGACCUUUAAGUGGGUUGAUACGCACCGCCGGCUAGCAGAUCACCUCACAAAGGUCAAACCGGCCCACCUGCUGCGUACAGAGCUUAGCAAGAAUCACAUAGCACUCCAAGCCGUCGAGAAGCAGUAA